AUGGACCUCGAGUCGCCCUUAACACCUACUAGCAAAACUUGUCCGCACAAAGUCUUCAUACUGCCGAAUCAUGCCAUUGCCACUCAGCCCUUCCGCUACUCGACUGUGGUUCACACCAGUGGGAAGACUGAACUGGGAGAUUCGAAGGAUGAGGCGAAGGCUGCAGGAAUCAAUAAGCAGGCCACCAGGUCGAUGGAAGCUGCAGUGGAGGGGAAAAAGGUUACCAAGGUGCUGUGUGCGCGUUCAUCGGCCUACAGUUCAUUGGGGAGCAGAGCCUCUUCAUGUGGUCAGCAAUCAUCCGAUGGCCUAAGCUUCUCCCCCAUCCAUUCUCCUACAUACAGUGGUGGACGACCCUUCUCCCAACCACAAUCUCAUGCUCAUUCCCUGUCAACGGAUGACUUCGGGUGUGACAAGCAUCGGUACUCUUUGCCUGAGAACGACAAUACGCCCAACGACAACAAUCACAUGCUUAACGCCUCACACUCAAAUCCCGGCAGCACAAUCAUCAACUCCAUCUCUUCCCUCCCCAUUUGCAUGGACGACUUGGACUACCACUCGAUGACGUGCCCAACGGUGUCAUUGGAGCCUUCAAAUGGACUCAACGCAUUGCAGGGGGGGAAUGUGGAUUCGAAUAGGAAGGGUAUGGAGGCUGAACAUGAACAAUUGCCUCCCAAAGAGCCAGCGUCGCCAACCACAUUUGACAUUGCAAGUACUACAUCAUCACCAGUCCACAACACUCAUCCAAUCACUCCUUCUUCCCCGGCAUGUGACCUCUACCAAUACCCAGGGUCUCUUCACUUACGCCCUCCUACACCUUUUCUCCCAAACCAACAAUGUUGCUCCUUCUCGCCUCCCUUCCAUCAAUUUGCUCCCUCUUGGACUCCUUUAUCGGCUAAUCUUCAUUCAAGUUCUUGUCAACGGUGGCUCAACUCACAAAAUAAGCAUUUAAAGACAUUGCCAUUCAUGAACAUUCUCAUGGUUGAAAACAGGAGCUGCACGUUGCCACCAAAACCCAUGCCCUCCUCUCUUCCUCCUUCAAGAGCCUGCCAGCUGAGCUGCAAUACACAAGACGAUCGGAUACAGACCGACGCGUCACCAUUCCUGGACAUUCCCAUGUGUGACCUCACCCAUGUUCCGGCCACUCCAACAUCAAACCUUUGGAGCCUGGGUCCUGCUGAGACAUCAUGCAACUUUGCUUCGCUUCACGGCGAUGAUCUGGAAGGUUGGAAAAAUUUGGAUUUUGAGGAGAGAGUGGUCAAUGUGGUCGAGAGCGUAGCAGGAGAAGGAGAAGUACCAACAGGAAAGAGGAUCAAUGCCGAAGCGACGUUCAUGCAGUUGUCUCCCAUCUCACUAACCUCAGGUAGUAUGAUUUUCAAGGCCCCUGCUCCAACGUUGGGGGGCUCAUCCUUCCAGACCCCACCAACACAUACACCUCUGUUCAGACCCUUGUCAUGUGAUGUCGCUGAGCACCUGUUGACAACACCCAUUUUCUUCGGUGUUUGCUACAUUGUCAAACACAUCUUCACAUGCUGCUACUCACUUGAUGGCUGCUUCCCAAACUCUAUCAAACCAUCCUUCCUUGCCUCUUGCUUUCCUCAGCAUUGCACCAUCAGUUCAUGGGCACUUCAGUCACCCACUACCAACUGA